AUGAUACUUGAUAAAAAUUAUUCUUAUCGUUUAAUAAAUAUCACUGAUUAUUUUGGAAGAAAUAUUAAAACUGAAGAUGAAAAUAACAGCAGAAAAAUUAUGAGAUAUAGAAAAUGGUUAGAAGAUAAUUUUUUUUCUGAUAAAGCUAUGGAAAAAAAGGAAUUUGAUAAUAUUAUCCAUGAAUGGAAUAAUAGUAAAAAAGAUAUCAAAUCAAUUGAUAAAUGGAAUAAAAAAGACAUUUUUUUAUUUGAAAAAUUAUUGAAUAUUAUUGAAGAUGAUGACGUAUUUAAAUUAUUACUUGAAAAAUAUAAUGACGGAAUUUUAUUAAAUCUAUUAGAUGAUAUUAGAUUGAUACGCGAAAAAAUAAAUUUCAAAAAGCUGGAAGAAAAAACUGCUGAUGAAAAAGAAUUGAAUGUUAAAGCUGAUAAAUUGAUAAAUAGAAUUUAUAAUCGUUUUUCAUAA